AUGAAGCAAAACCGCUAUGUAAAUCAGACAAGGCCCGAGGCGAAGGCAUCCCCGUUCACGGAAGAGAUCAUGCAAGCUCGGCUAUCGAAACGAUUCCGUCUUCCUCAGAUCAUGCCCUUCACCAACAAAACCGAUCCAACCGAGCACAUCGAGUCCUUUUGGACCUAUAUGGAAUUGCACGAUGCCUCGAACGCCGUGAUGUGUCGGGCCUUCUCCCUCACUUUGGCCGAUGUAGCUUGGCUUUUGUUCAAACAGUUGAAGCCAAAGUCCAUUAGCUCGUUUACAGAGCUCAGUGAUGCUUUCCUCACCAAUUUCAUCGAUGAGAAGAAAAAGUUGAAGCCAUCUGCGUACUUGAACAAUAUAGUUCAAAAAGAGGGAGAGCUACUGAAAGAUUAUAUCAAGCGCUUUAACUUCGAGUCGCUUCAAGUCCGGAAACAUUCGGACGAGACAACCCUUAACUCGAUCAUGCAAGGCGUCAGAGAUAGGCCGUUGCUUGCAUCCUUGGACAAGAAUCUGCCUAGUACUUUAGUUGAAUUCAUGGCUCGGUCAGAUAAAUAUGCGGACCCCAGAGAAACUCGAAUCCUGCGCGAGGCCACCCAAAACGUAAAAACCCUGUCCAAAGAGCCAGCAAAAAAGGAAGUUGACUCGGCUAGUGGUAAGAAGCGUAAGGAGGAUCAGUCCCGUGACAAACGUAGGUCGAGUAAGUGGCCUGACCACAAAUUCUCGAUGUACACUCCGCUCAAUAAGCCACAGGAGCAGGUAUUGAUGAAAAUCAAAGGCGAAGAAUUCGUUAACUGGCCGGAUAAACUCCGGAGCAAUUUGAACCGACGGAAUAAGAGUAAGUAUUUCCAUUAUCAUUGUGAUCAUAGGCACAAUACAAGUGAUUGUUACAACCUGAAACAGGAAAUCAAGAGACUCAGCCAAGAAGGUCGUCUCAGAGAGCAUAUCGAAUAA